AAAAACACACAACCAAGGGUACUGUAUUAAUUUAUUAUUCUCUUCUAGUGCCAAACACAAGAAGGAUUGUCCUACUGGGAAAAACUGGAGUUGGAAAGAGCAGCCUGGCUAACACCAUACUGGGAGAGGCUAAAUUCAAAAUAAACAAUUUGAAUGAUUUGGAAACACAAUGUUCUCCUGCCGAGACCAAAACUAUCAAUGGAAGAAGCAUCACUGUGAUCGACACUCCUGGUUUCUUUGACACAGAGAGAUCUGAGAAACGUGAGAUAGUGAGGUGUAUCACAGAGUGCGCUCCUGGGCCUCAUGCUUUUCUCAUUGUGCUUAAAGUGGAGAAAUUCACAGAGCAGGAGAAGGCUGUCAUCACGCAAAUAUGUGAAUAUUUCUCUGAAGAUGCUCUAAACUAUGCUGUAAUUGUCUUCACUCAUGGUGACCAGCUCCCUGAAGGAAUGAAAAUGGAUGAGUAUGUCAAGCAAAGUGAGGGUUUGAGUGGUCUGGUGAAGAAGUGUGGAGGCCGAUGCCACGUCGUCGAUAAUAAAUACUGGAAGACCAACAAAGAGGACGAGUACAGAAGCAACCAGUUCCAGGUGGAAGAGCUGCUCAAGACCAUAGACAAGAUGGUGAUGGAAAACAACGGAAGAUACUACACGGAUGAAAAGCUACAAGAAGUGGAAAGGAAAAUACAGAAAGAGGAGGAGCGCAUUAGAAAGUCAUCAGAAAACUUGUCAGCGGAAGAGAUCAGGAAGCAGGCCAGAAGCAACGUCUUUAAGAAGCAGGUGAACAAUGGAGUCUGGGCAUGGAUUAGAAGUUUAGUGGGUUUUGCGGUUGUAGCUGGAUUACUUGCAACUGCCUCAGCUAUGUUGAUCAAUUCAAAAAUUUUUAGGGUAUUAAGGGAAGCACCACUAUUAAAUGAAGAAUUAACAGCAC